AUUACGGCGUCAGCGUUCUACCCCUUUUCUGGAAUCUACUCGCUUUGCUGUGAAAACCAGGCCGCUCCCUAAGCGGGUGGAUCUGUUAGAUUUUGCGCGGCAGCCAUGGCCGAUGACUUUGAUUUUGCUGAUAAAGUCCCUCCUUCUUUCGAUCGCGUGGGAGAUGUGAUUAAGAAUUCUGAAGCCAAAGGAUUCAAUCCAGGGUUAGUAGUUCUCCUGGUUGUUGGUGGGCUGCUAUUGACAUUCCUCAUUGGAAAUUAUGUCCUUUACAUGUAUGCACAGAGAACCCUUCCUCCUAGAAAAAAGAAGCCAGUCUCGAAGAAGAAGAUGAAGAGGGAGAGACUGAAGCAAGGCGUUUCUGCACCUGGAGAGUAGAGAUUUGGUAUUCACUGUAUUCUGUGCUGUUAAGAUAAUGGAAUGAUCAUUUCAUGUUUCUGGGAAGGAACGAAGCAAUUGUUCAUAAUGAAAGUGGUUGAUGCCGCAACAUAUGAUGGCUUUUGAUGAGUUCAGUUCAACCCAGUAACUGUAACUGAUCCAUCCAGUAUUGACGAAUUAAGACUCAAGGUUAGGACAGCUCAGUAUGUCAGAUAGGUAAACCAAGGGGAUUCUCCCUCACAUUUCAAAAGGGCUAUGGGUAUCCUUGCUUUUUAAAAAGAGCAGUGUUGUUUUGAAAGGGUUUUUUUUUUUUUUUUAAGGUACAAUUUUAUCCUACUGUUAACUUGGACUGACUUUGACUGUUAAAUUUUUUGUUUUGAUUGAUAAUUUGACACGUGUCUUGCUCU